GAAAGAUCUACAGCAUCAUCUGCAUCUCAUCCAAUUCGCUCUUUACCUAAAGCUCAAAUGACCCCAGCUUUCUCCGAUGAGCGCUUCGAGCUAUGCGCCUACUGGACGCGAAGAGACUAGAGCCCGUCGACGUGCGUGACGAUGCUAUACCACCAUACGCCAUCCUGUCUCACACCUGGGGAGACGAGGAGCUCACACUCCAGGAGUUGCGGCAUAUGAAAGGGCGGAUGCCUCAAUCCCUAGACAAACGGAAACGAACCAUUGCUGAUAAGAAAGGAUUUGCAAAAGUCAAGGAUGCGGCAGCCUUGGCUGUCACGAGGGGGUUCUCUUAUAUCUGGGUCGACACGUGCUGCAUUGAUAAAUCGAGCAGUGCAGAACUUUCUGAAGCAAUCAACUCAAUGUAUCUUUGGUAUCAGCAAGCUGCCGAAUGCUAUGCCUUUCUCUCGGAUGUCAAAUCAGCCAAGGAAGAAGACUGGUCGAAGCCAAACUCCAGCCUUCGUCACAGUCGUUGGUUUACUCGAGGAUGGACUUUACAAGAGCUCAUUGCGCCGAAACUUGUUCAUUUUUAUGCAAAGGAUUGGAGCUUCCUUGGGCAUAAAGACCGUCCGAUUGCCUUUACGAGGAUUAUCAGCGCAGUCACUGGGAUCGAUGCGGAGGUUCUGGACGGACGGAUCGAUCCCCUCCAACUCGGUAUUUCCGCUCGUAUGAAAUGGGCAUCACGUCGACAUACUACCAGACUAGAAGAUACAGCAUAUUCUUUGAUCGGCCUCUUUCAAGUAAACAUGCCCCUUCUGUACGGGGAAGGUCACCGGGCGUUCACGAGGCUGCAGGAGGAGAUCAUUCAACGUUCUGACGAUCAGUCACUAUACGCAUGGAACUCGCUGGAAACAGCAGAUGAAGACCCAGACGAGUUAUCCGGUUUACUUGCUCACUCCCCAGAGCAAUUCAAAGAUACUGGGAACAUCCAUCCUCUACCUCCAUCCCCUGUCUAUGCGAGCGCACCAUCUGGCAUGACGAACCACGGUCUUCGGGUUCAAUUAUAUCUUCGACCUUUAUUGGAAGCAGAAGGAGUUCCAAUGGAAGAAGACUACUAUGCAAUCUUAGACUGCUUCGUCAGCGUCGGCGAUUUAUACCAAUGUCCAGUCAUACGUUUGAGACUACUCUCACAAGACCAGUACGCCAGACUUCAAACCAAGUCUCGAAAAUACCUGCCUCCACCACAAGGAGAUUUUCCAGAGUAUGAAGGAUACAGAACAAUAUAUGUUCGACAGCAGCCAGUCUACUACAAUCUUCCGCAAUUCAGGGUCUCGCCGGCGCACAUGCACUCCAAUCUCCAUAGCCAACAGGACCAACAAUACAAGUUGACAGAGAUCUUCCCUCAUCGUGAGUGGAACUCAACAACUAUAACAAUGAAAGUAAAAUAUUCCCGCAAGCUGCAAGCCAUGGGUGUUUUUCGCUUUCAAAGUUCUGGCGCACACGACAAGAAAGUAGAUGUUGUGGUUGGGUUGAGGCGUCUGGAUGCCAUGCAAUGGGAAGGAUGGUGUUUUCAACGCGCUUAUCAGGGGAGCUCUCUUGAAUCUACCCUUUCUGUGAUCAACCAGAGGGUUUCCGAGUUAACGAGAACAAGGAGUGUUUCAACAGGGAUGCUUCGAGAUUCACUUGGAGAUGAUUCAAACUUGAUGACUGACGCAACAGUUGAAGGGAUGCAACUCCAGGGCCGGUUAUACAUCUCGAUCUCGAUGUCCCAGAAACCAGAGGUUUAUUCGACGACAGCAUUACAAGUAUCCCCGACCCAGCAGGGCUUGGUGUUCCCUACAAAGGACAGCAGCAUAACAAUUCCUUUACUCUAUGACUUCCAAGUGCGGACCUUGACUGGCCCUUGCUCACGGAGCUACCUGGUAACGAAAUCAAUGCUCCUUGAUGAUGUGGAGUCAAGCGCCCACGUUUUGGCUGUCCGAGGCUUACCACCAACCAGUGGUUUGUAUCGCAGCGGUUCUCUCUUUAGUUCGCUGCACGAUUUUGUGAAGCGCGUUCAAAAUCAGAAAGCAAUCGGUGAUUCAGAACAUCCUGUUUCCUUCGAAGAUCAGUUAGCAGUUGCUUUGUUCAAAGGAGACAAGACUAAGGCAGAGGGGCUACUGGCUGUUGGUUUCGACCUGGAGACUUCCACAUCAGAUUUAUAUGGCUUUACCGCGCUACAUUGGGCAGUUGCGGGGGGCUUCUGGGAAUCUAUUCCUCUUCUCUUUAAAUACGGUGUCAAUCCCCUUGCCUUGACAAGAGAAGGGUGGACUGCAUUGCACCUAGCGGCCGUCUUGAGCAAAUCGACCUGGAAAGCUUUCUUGGCCCCGGGACAUUCAAACGAGGAUUUCAACGAACUGGCAAAUAAGCGGACAAGAGAUCAUCUCGAGACUUCCCUGCACCUGGCCGCAGCUUACUGUCAAAACUCUGAACGUGGAGUGUCCUUUUUCAAGGAGCUUUCCCGUGAUGCACUCAAUGGUGCCACACUUUUCGCUCGAAACAAGCAUGACGAGACUCCUCUUCAUAGAGCCGCAGCCUUUAAUAAUGCUGGAAUAAUUCAGUCGAUUGUAAACCAGGAACCCCAAUCAACGCCAGGUUUUAUUGACGUUGUCGAUCGAUACGGAAGGUCUCCUCUCUGGCACGCUGCCGCUACAGGCUCUUGCGAUGCCAUACAGAUUUUAUUAUCUUUCAACGCCAGUAUCAACUUAACAGAUGACCUGGGCAGAAGCGGUCUCCAUGCAGCUUGUUGCGGAGGAUACCACGACGCUGUCGAGAUGCUUUUGCAAGAAGGAGCUCGGCAGUCCACCCAGACCUCACUCCUGAGCCUGACAGCAUUGGACUAUGCUGCAAUGUUUGGACACGUUGAAUGCCUGCAGCACUUGCUGACCUUGAGGCCGAUGGAUGCACUACUUCCCAAUCAACCAGAAAUAGUCGCUUCUCAGAAUAAGUCGCUUCAUAUCGCGGCGUCUUGCGGAUGGCUGAAGUGCGUGGAGCUUCUGUGCAACGUGGGAGCAGACCCAUUUCAAUCAUUCGAACAGUAUUUGAAGCUCGAUCAUUCGAAAACGUACGCAAUAGUGGUCAAGGACAGUGGAAAUGCGUCAUCAGCUGCAGCAAAGGAGGGCCACGCUGAGAUUUUCAAAUACUUCGAGACGUCACAUACUUGUGAAGAGCAUCGUCGUCGCAACCAGCGCAGAUACUCUUGGCAGGGAUCAGAAGUACAGGCUCAGGAAGCCAACAGCCAAGGCGCUACUAAAGCCACAGGCGCUGAAGAAUCAAUAUAUAAAGGGCAGGAAUAUCAGGAAACUGCUGCUCCACAACAGUCUCGCCAUCAAUCAGCUCAAACCCCCUCAUUUCGCCAUUCAAAUACCGGUCCACAACGCUAUGCCCUAACUGAAACCUACCGGGACUCUUUAAUUUCUCCCACUGCGCCUUUCAUGGAGCGGCCUCCUAGGGUUGGGAGCCAUUCUGCUACCUUACCUGCUUACUCGAGCCCAUCUUAUUCCAGUCCAGGAUAUCAACAGCCAAGCAGGGAAUCAAAAGACGCAUCCAAUUACCAGCUAGCUCAACCAUCCCCCUAUGCAAGUCUUCCGUACGGGCAGGUUCCAUCUCCAUAUGAUCCCCCACAAUCAUCCUACGGAUCUCAAAUUGCUGCGCGUCCUCAAUCCUACGCAAGUGUGAACAGACCAUCGCUGUCAUUCGCCUACCACCCUGAUAAUCGAUACCCUCCACCUGUUCCAGCACUCCCAGCGGCCUACUCCUCGGGGUCAUAUCCCCCUCGACCCCAAAUUCUGAGAGGAAAUCAAGAACCAACAUUCCCGAAUUCAAAAUUACAAGCGAAUCUGCUCCGCAUGCUUGGAAGGCUUAGCGAUCCUGUUUUGACAGCAGAAUUCCCUACAGAUCCCGAAUUCUCGCAUCACGACCCUAUUCUAAAUUGCCUCGUGUAUCAAAGCCGAUUGAGUGUGACUGAAAGGAAUUCAGUACACAAUGUCGAUGGCUUUCCUAUGUUUGAGCUGACCACUGCAUCCGAGCCGAAAUCUCGAGUGGCAUCGAGUGAAACUCGAACGGUGAGAGGUGCUGUUAGGAGCUCCGAAGCCGUCGCAUUGAUAGAGGCGGAGAGAGCUGCUCAUCACGCGCAUCAAAUGAGUUCUUCAAUUUACGAUACUGGGUCUUGGACAAUAUGGCCUAUACCCGCAUGGUCUUGACAAAAUGGUCUUGAAUAAUUGGUGAGAAGUCCUCGUCCAACAUUACCAAUCAUACCCCAUGGUCAAACCAGCAAUCCACGGAGCGGAGACUAGUCCCGGGUUCACUAAGUCGAAAAUAAUAGCUUCCAAUUGCCCAUUUGAGGGAGGUGGUAAGCCAUUCAUGAAAAAGUUAGGAAUAAUCCAAACCUUGACGUGGUUUGGCUUGCAGCCAAACUAGCUUUAGUGUUAUUCAUCUCCUAUAAGGAAGAUCGCCCGGUCACCUGCAGAUCCAUAG